CCACAACGAACCCCAAGCUUCGCCUUUUGAGAGAUUCCCCGAGACGACGACAUAUUCCCGCCCCGCACAAUACAGACGAAAUGGCCACCGUCUCUUCCGAUUUGAUCUGGGAAAUCACCCGCAACACCAGCUCCAACCUGGUGAAGAGGAAGCAGGCCGGCGGUGUCUCGUUCUCCCGCGACCCGCUGAAUCUGAGGAACCAGUACUCUCGCAAGUAUGAGGGACUUGUCGACGACAAGGCGAUCGGUGUCCAGCCCGCCGAGGAGGGCGGUGUGACCCUCCUGGUGAAGAAGGCCAACAAGCAGAACUCGCCUGCGACCGCCAUCCAAAAGUCUACCUUCCCCGCCAGCCGCUCCACCCGCAAGAUCUACGCCUCCAUCGUCCAUAGCACCACCAACCGCGGCUACCGCCUGGACCUCCGCCGCGACGCCGUCGCCCGCGCCUCCGCCAUCCGCAAGAGCCAGAAGCCCGUCAAGGAGGAGAAGCCGGCCAAGUUGAGGGGAGCCAAGGCCAGGGCAGCCGCAAGUGCUUAGAUUGGUGGUGGAUGGCAUGGCUCCGUUGGAGAGGAGCAGAACGGAAAGGACUGUACACUUCCGCAUAGAUGAAAUGGGUGGGAUGGACGGAGUUCUUUUCAAGUGGUUCAUUUGGGACAAAUGUGCCCAGACUGGGAUGCAUUCAUGAUGGCUAAACGUCUAUAUAAUGGAGAGACCUUCGGCCAACCACUUCCAUCAUUCGCGAACCACUCUGCGAAGGUUUAGAAUCCCGUGACUGCCAUACCUCUCCUCAUUCAGCGGAUAGUCGAGGUGAUCA